AGAAAGUCAGUUCACUUUCUGGAAAGCUGACGCCGAGAGCAGGUUCUCUUUUCCUACAAUUGUGUUUCUGACGGAUAUCAUCAUUUCUAAGUUCUUCUUCGUCUGAGCAAGGUGUUGUUAUCACAUGGCAGCUAGUGAAAAUUCAAUCUUAUCAAACAUGGCUGAAGAUCCCCAAUCGAGUGAGCACGAACCGGUCGAUUAUGGACUGGAUAGUGUUGUACCUGAUGUAUGGCACUCCACCAUUUUGCCGAUGUUGACAGUACCGGCCAUCUUCCAGCUGUGCGGUGUAAACAAGAAAUUGAGGCGAAUGCUGUACGAUGAGUACACGUUCAAAUUGAUAUGUCUGUUCCGCUAUCAGCUCAGUCCAAGCUUGCCAUCGUCUUACAUCCAAGCGGCAAAGGUUCUCUAUAUGGCUACGAGAAUAGCAACCUUUCAUCACACGCGGUGUGAGUCAACAAGAAAUUGCAUAGCAGGUAAAGAUUACCUUGUGGUAUUGAGACAAAAAUGGCGGAUGAUGGUGCUACUAUCAAGCAUGGCACGCAAGCCACCGUCAACAUUGCGUCUAACACCUAGCCCGGCUGGCAUCCCAUUUGUGCUGGACCAGCUAGUGACUGCAUAUGACGCCUCUCUCUGCCUUCCCAACGUUGAGGACAAGGAUAUCCACGAACAAUGUAGAGUAAGAAUAAUUCAGGAUGAAUUUGGUGUUGCUGGGAAGGCUAAGUACGUGCUAGAGGAGAUUGUCGAUUUGCUGUUCAAAAGGUGCGGCUCCUUUGAAGCGUUCCAAACUGCAAUCAUUGACUAUAUCGAAAAGGAUUUUUCAAUGCUGGCUUCGUAUCUGCCCUAUCUGACCCGAUCCUGGAGGCUUGUAGAGCUGGGAAAGGGAUUCCUAACGGCAAAGAUGAACAGCCCAGAAUGGAUACCACCCAUUGAAGAAACGGACCUGGCCUGCUUACACCGAGACUGGGAGUACAACCCAUCCAUUCAUUGGUAUAGAGAUUAUAUAGAAAGCGGUGUUCUUCAAUGGAGCAGCUACGAUAUCGUUGCUGACGCCGCAACGUAUCAUUCGGCAGUUGAGCUUAUGAUGACGGGACGCCUAUCAACGUCGCAGGCAGAUGAUUACUUCGACGCUUGGUUGAAGUAUACAGAAAUAUGGAAGAGUAUGCCCGAGUCCACUCGCCCUAAUUUGUACAAUAUCACAGUUGGUUUAGGUAGCUUCCUCCUUCCGUCAUCAUUGCUAAUGUCCCAUUCUCAUAAAUUAUGGUCCAAAGUUGAACUGCUUCACCAGAUGAUACGGUUUGGUGGUGGUGAAACUAAUGUCCAAACAUAUUAGCCCAAUAUUCUAUAGCUUAACGAACGAAGCCAGGUAAGGUGACAGGGCAAGCAGGAGGUUGAGAGAAGCUGUGGAGAUAAGGAACUUGGGACCACAAAUUAACACCAACCCUGGCUAGGGUCCUCUGUGAGUAUGACAGUUCGCUCAGUGUUACUCAACAUCGCUCCUUGAUAAUAUUACUGUGUAUUGAAUUACUCACUCUUGAUUUGUAGGCACUGAGGUGACAUCUGACAAAAGCUGGUCGUUUUGCUAUAUCAUACACCAGUGCACUGUGCAUUAUCAUUUUUUGGAAUGUGUGUGUGUGUGUGUGUGUGUGUGUGUGUGUAUGUGUGUAUGUGUGUGUGCAUAUGUGUGCGUGAGUGUCUGUGCGAAAGCACUUCUGGCUUUUCGCGAAUUUAUCACCACAUUUUCUUCUUUGAAUAAUUGUUGGUGGUAUCAUACUUCUUUUAGAUGUCAUUAUCUCUAUGAAUCUGGCACGUCAAGAUAGGUGAGAUGUAGCACAUCAUAGCAUCACAAAUUCCAUGUAUAUAACUGCUCCUUUGUAAACUUGCACUCCUUUGCGUACCUGAUGAGGGCAAUUUUGCCGAAACGUUGUAAAAAUUGAUUGACAAUUGAGCUCGAGUUUGCAGAGUGAAUGGGAAGAGAGCGAGUCUGCUCUGAAACCUUUUUUUCCUAUUAACGAACGAAGGAACGGAUAUUCUUUUGGUAACACAGAUGACAUCACUUGCCCUCCUUCCAGUCAU